AUGAAGUCUCCCAAGAUGAACCCCUACUUCUCUACAGCCUCACCUCUUCAUGUUCUCAUUUUAGCUUUUAUGAUGCUAAAAAAGUUGAUGCUGAAGGUGAUGACAAGAGAAGUUAGAGAAGAUGAAGAAUACUUGCAAUUUCAUUUUUAUUUUCUUCUUUUACAGAUUUAUAGAAACAUGAAGCUGUUACUGUUCCUCUGCCUUUUAGUUGUUGGGAUUCAUUCCAACAUUUAUCCCUAUGAGCCUUAUCACCAAGUUGUAAGAAACCAAAAUCAAAGAGGAAAAGAAAACCGAAACAUGCCACAGCAGGCUGUAGGGAUCCGUGUUUGUCAGUUUGCUUGUUGCUUCUACAAAGAGAUUUCUUCUCAUGAAAACAGUGGAAAUAUUUUCUUCUCUCCUUUGAGCAUCUCUACUGCCUUUGCAAUGCUGACUCUUGGUGCCAGGUCUGAUACUUUGGCACAGAUUCUUAGGGUCCUUCACUUUAAUCCACGUGAGAUUUCUGAAAAUGAAAUCCAUGAAGGUUAUCGUCAACUCAUACAAAUGGUAAACAGAAAGAAUGAGGGCUUUCAGCUUAAUAUGGGAAAUGUCCUGUUUGUACUUGAUCGACUGAAACCACAACAAAGAUUUCUGAAUAACCUCAGAGAAUUCUAUGAAGGUGAAAUUUAUCCUAUGAACUUCAAGAGGUCUGAUCAAGCCCAGACGAAGAUCAAUGGUUAUGUAGCAGAAAGAACCAAUGGGAAAAUCAAGGACCUCAUAAAUAACCUUGAUCCGCUUACUGAACUUCUUCUCAUUAGUUAUAUUUAUUUUAACGCUGAAUGGGAAAAACCUUUCAAUCCACAAUACACUAAAAAGGAAAAAUUCUUUGUGGAUGGGAACAAGGCUGUUGAAGUCCCAAUGAUGUUUGGAAUUGGCGCGUUCAAACAUGGCUACGAUGAACAACUGUCUUCCACUGUGGUGCAAAUGGAUUACAAAGGAGGUGCUUCAGCAUUUUUUGUUCUGCCUGAUCAAGGAAGAAUGAGGAAGCUGGAAAAAAAACUGUCUUGUGAACGUAUGGCAAGAUGGAGAACAUUAGUCUCAAAAAGCAACUCAGUAAAUUUGUAUCUUCCAAAAUUCACUCUUCUUGGGAGAUACAACCUAAAAAAUAUUUUAUACAAAAUGGGCAUAAUGGAUCUAUUCACUGAUAAGGCUGACCUAUCUGGUGUCACCGGACAACCCCAGCACAGAAUUUCCCAGGCUAUUCAUCAGGCUGUGGUAAAGGUGGAUGAGACUGGCACUGAAGCAGCAGCUGCCACAGGCAUGGAAAUAGUGCCUAUGUCCGUUCCAGUUGUCAUUAAAAUGAACAGACCCUUCUUAUUGGUCAUAACUUUAAGGGACAACAUACUGUUCAUGGGAAAAAUUGUGAAUCCUCUGGAAAAAGAAUAA